CGUGUGCGUGUGUGUGUGCGCGUGUGUGUGUGUAUGUGUGCAUGUGUCUCACCAAGGGAACAACUGCGUGGUAGAGAGCGAGCGAGAGAGCGAGAGAGAGAGAGAGAGAGAGAGUGUGUGAGGGGCCAGGGGCGAGCUUUAGACAGCGAGCAUGCUCCGAGUGUUACAGCACACCACCAGACACUGCUGCUAGGAACAAUGAACCCCUCAGCUACGCCAACUCUGCCUGUACCGUCCGCCUGAACACACACACACACACACACACACACACACACACACAGUCUCAUGCGCACAUGGUGCUCAGUGAUGUGAGGGGAAACGCGUGGUUGUGCAUAUGUUUGCAGUGCAGCUCUGCUAUCCUGCAGCAGAACGUUUGACUGGAGUUCAGUGUUCGGGAGAUUGGUGGAUAGGGGUGAGUGUUACGGGCUGACAGGACUCGCUCGGGUGUUCAGUGUUCGGAGCUUGAGUGGAUGAGGGUUCUUACUGACUGACGUGCCUUUGACAUCUGCUGCUUGGACGGCUUGAAAAGGGCCAGACCCGCCCCCGCCCCUCCCCCUUGCGCUUCUGCAUUCCGCUUCCGUGCCAGCCAACGCCCACAGCCUGAGACGGGGACUACCGGCACCUGGUUACCAUAGCAACGCCCUCCGCAGCCCCGCCCCUUUCCCGAGUGCCCCCAUGCCGCUUCUCGUGCCCCUCCACGAGUCCGUCUCAUAAAGGAUCCAGCGCCCGGUGGAACAGAAUUGUGUGAAAACUCUGUGCGUGUGUGUGUGCGUGUGUGUGUGUGUGUGUGUGUGUGUGUGUGUGUGUGUGCGUGCGUGCAACUGCUGCUACCUCCCUCCACUUCCAUGCAGCCCGCCUGCUCUGCGUCCCUUCUCAACCGCACAUAAUCAAUAAUGAGUUUCACCAUCCGCCCAGCCAGGCAGUUCAGCUGAGAAGAGUGAGUGUGUGAGAGAGAGAGAGAGACACACACACACACACACACACACACGCAGACUGAGGCCUGUGACAAGCAGACCACGGGAGGCUCCAGAACGCGACAGCAGGUGCCGAGGAUGGUACCCUGACUGCAGGCCAGCCCGACCCCUGCCUGUGCCCGUCCAGCGCGCCCCAGCGCCCCCGAGCUCUCCGCCGCGUUGCACCAACCAUAACCUGGACGAAACGACCUACACCCGCGCUUUUCCUUGACGCCGCCGUACCACCUGGAUUCCCCCCCACCGGCCUUUCACCUCCCUAGCGAUAUUCUUUCACCCGCUCCUCAUCCCAAAGCACCUUGGCGCCAUCAGAAAUGGCAGUGAAUGUGACAACCAUCCGGGACACGAAAUGGCUGACCCUGGAGGUGUGCCGGGAGUUCCAGCGUGGCACGUGCUCCAGGCCCGACUCUGAAUGUAAGUUCGCCCACCCCGCCAAGAGCUGCCAGGUGGAGAAUGGGAGGGUCAUCGCCUGCUUCGACUCCCUCAAAGGCCGCUGCUCCAGAGAGAACUGUAAGUACCUGCACCCUCCUCCACACCUGAAGACCCAGCUAGAGAUCAAUGGGCGGAACAACCUGAUCCAACAGAAGAACAUGGCCAUGAUCGCCCAGCAGAUGCAACUGGCCAAUGCCAUGAUGCCUGGUGCACAGCUGCAGCCUGUGCCCAUGUUUUCGGUGACGCCCAGCCUGGCCAGCAACGCCACGGCCGCCGCUGCCGCGGCGUUUAACCCGUACCUGGGCCCCGUGUCUCCGGGCCUGGUGCCCACCGAGAUCCUGCCCAGUGCACCCGUGCUGGUGACCAGCAGCCCCAACGUCCCGGUGCCAGCUGCUGCUGCAGCUGCUGCCCAGAAGCUGAUGAGAACAGAUCGGCUGGAGGUGUGUCGGGAGUACCAGCGAGGGAACUGCACACGGGGCGAGAACGACUGCCGCUUCGCGCACCCCGCAGACAGCACCAUGAUCGACACCAACGACAACACGGUCACCGUGUGCAUGGACUACAUCAAGGGCCGCUGCUCCCGCGACAAGUGCAAGUACUUCCACCCCCCGGCCCACCUUCAGGCCAAGAUCAAGGCCGCCCAGCACCAGGUCAACCAAGCGGCAGCGGCUGCCGCUAUGACUCAGUCGGCUGUCAAAUCACUGAAGCGACCCCUCGAGGCAACCUUUGACCUGGGGAUGCCACCGGUUUUGCCUCCAUUACCAAAGAGACCCACACUUGAAAAAGCCAAUGGUGCCACAGCUGUGUUCAACACUGGCAUGUUUCAGUACCAACAGGCGCUCACCAACAUGCAGUUCCAUCAGCAGACAGCCUUCAUACCGUCAGGCUCAAUAUUGUGCAUGACACCUGCAGCGAGUGUUGUUCCCAUGAUGCACGGUGCUUCGCCAGCCACUGUGUCUGCAGCCACAACAUCUGCCACAAGUGUUCCCUUCGCAACAGCCACAGCCAAUCAGAUUCCAAUAAUAUCUGCAGACCAUCUGACUAGUCACAAGUAUGUGACUCAGAUGUAGGAGCAAUUCAAACAGAACAAUCACACCAAAGUGUGCUCGCGUGCCGUCCGAAUUUGCGAACCACCCAGUUACACGCCAAACCAGAGCAAAACAAGAUAAGAAAUAACGCUGCCACUCCCUGGAAUGACGGAAACGCGCAUGCUAAUGCUGUUGAGGAGAUCUGAUAUAGCUCAUUCGGAGUCCUGAACACUCUUUAUCAAAGUUCACUUUGAUACCCAGAUGAGAAGGAACCUCACUGUCUGCCUGUUUUGUUUGUUUGGGUUUUUUUGUCCUUGGAUGGUACAAAGCAUGCUAGAACCAUUUCACUGACAGAAAAAGGUGGUAGUGUGGUAGGGUCUAGUGUCAUGGUUUUUUUUGGGGGGGGUUUCGACAGGUGUUUUUCUUUCAUGGUUUACAAACUAAGGUGCACCUUGUAUUGAAAUAAUAUAAAAGGAUCAGAAAAGAAUGUCAUAUAAGAGUAGAUGUUGUGCAUGCAAUCUUUCAUUUAUAACCAGAUAUUUUCUAGAACCUGAUUGUAAGAGGUGAGAGGAGGGACACUCGCAACAUUGACAACUGAAUGUUCUAGUUCUGACGGAAUGUUCUAGUCCUGACGGAAUGUUCUAGCUCUGAAGGAAUGUUCUAGUUCUGACGGAAUGUUCUAGUCCUGACGGAAUGUUCUAGCUCUGAGGGAAUGUUCUAGUUCUGACGGAAUGUUCUAGCUCUGACGGAAUGUUCUAGUUCUGAGGGAAUGUUCUAGUUCUGACGGAAUGUUCUAGCUCUGACAGAAUGUUCUAGUUCUAAGACAAAGCGGUGUACCUUUUCAAGCACAUUGAAGUUUUGAUCUUCGUGUUGCAGACUCCACAUCAAGUGCCAUAGACAGUACUUGCAUCCAAAAAACUACAUUAGACUAUAGAAAUGUUGCGUUUGAAUUAUUAAUGCCUUUAAAGUCUUUAAUGUGUUGUCUUAUUCUGUUUUUUUUCCUUCAAUAUUCUGAUUCUGGUUUCAGUAUUUUGGCCAACUGGUAUUUAGUAAUGCUGAUUUGCCCUUCCUCCCUCAGUUUUACAAAAUAAUCACCAAAAAAGAGUGUCAAUACUAAAAGGUGGAAAAGGUCUUGCUCCCUUUAGCUUCUGCUAGUUCUCCUUUAUUUCUCCGUCUCCUUUUUAUUCGGCAUUUCUUUUACUUAAUCAAAUCCAACAGACAAACUUCAGAUUAGAACACUGGUUGGUCUGAGGGCAUCUUGUUUGAUGUAAAAACUAAAGUGACUCAAGACUGCGCAGAAAGACAAUGAGCACUGCACAAUAUUGCCAGGGGACAGACACUAAUGUUGUUCUAGUGAAGAAAUCCUUACGUUAGCAAAUUAACCAGGACACGUUUCAGGUAGUUAAGCUACAUGGUGGGCAGUGUAUGUUUUUAGUGAAUUUAUUACAUAGUUACGCUAUUUUAUUGUUAUUUUUGAAAAAUUGUUUUGCUGUUUCUAGUUUGGAAUUAGUGCAAAUGGUCUGAAAUUCUAUUGAUUGAAAAAUGAAAAGAGAAAAAAAAGGAUUAAAAGACUUUCUUUUCCUUCUGUUUUGUAAAAAGAAAACAAUGUUCCAGGGUUUUGUUUUAAUUUCCAAGCUUUGCUUUUUCUUUUCUUUUGGACUUUUUCUUUAUCGGGGCUGUGGGUGUUUUUCGAGGUCCCGCGGUGCUGUGUGUGGGAGAGCACCGCGAUGAGCGCGGAGGUCACGCAAGCCUCACGCGGGGAAAAAAACUCAACCGGAGCGCUUCGCGAGCGAUCCGCUCCUCCGCUCGCUCGGCUCGUGGGCGAGUUACAAGGGCACUGACGAGCGUCAUUUGUUAGUAAAGUACAUCCGACGAGGGCAUGAUUUAAUGAUUGUAUGAUUCAACAAAAAGCGCCUUAGUCUGCCAUAAGCUCGGCGCCACAGAGUACACCACUCAGACACGUCAUUGCUCGGUUGUCAUUCGGUCCACGCCAUUUAUUGAUUUUUAAUUAUGGCUGUUAAUGGCCAUCCACCCCCGUUUCCCACGCAAUUGUAUGUUAAUUGUUUUAGUAUGUUUUUUGUCCAUUUCAUAUAUAUAUAUUUUUCAAUGAAAUAGGAAUGUUUUGUCACAUAACUAAGCUUGGAUACUGUUUUAGUAUUUUGUUUGUCAAGUAAGAUUUACCAAUAACUUUUGUAGUGUAUGAAACAUUAGAAAUAAUGUGUUUUUUCGUUUCAUCAUACCAUACUCAGUUUAAAAUUUGUGUAGUGCUGAGUUAAGUAUUAGUAGUACAAUUGUAAACUAAAUAAUUUUUAUUUUUAGUGAAAGGUAAGAAUUUUCUUUAUUUUUCCUUGUUUGAAAUCUUCGAACAAACAUCUUUUAUAUGAAUAACUUACAAUGAGGAAAUGGUUGCCAAGAGACAAACUGACUUGUUGCUGUGGUGACAACUACGGCUGUUAUUGGAAUAAUAUUUUAAAUGAAUUUCUGGUUUGUAAUUAGUCAUUCUAAUUAGAAAAGAAAAAGAGAGUAUAGUUCUUAGAUGUUAAAGUUGUUUUCUACUGUAUUCAUUUCAAAUAGUAACUAUUGUUCGAAUAUUUCCGAUCUCCCUGUAAGUCAGGCCUUGUUAAAGGAAAAAAAAGCUGCAUAUUUGAUCACUCGUGGGGCAGUGUGAUUGGAGGUUAGGUCCGAGGGGUGGGCCUUAAGACCAGGAAGGGGGGGGGGGACUCUUAUUUUGGAAUGCCACACACAGCAGGAGCCUAAGGGGGUGAAGGUUGACUCUUUUUGCACUUCUGUAUAUAGUCAAAACAGAAAGAAUCGUGUAUAAUACUGAGAUCUUAUUUUGAAUAAAAAUGUCUAUAAAUAUGAGGAAUUUUGUUAACGAUAUAAAAAAAAAAAAGAAAAAAGUCAGGCUGAACAAAACCGCUCGCAAAAAUUGACACGGAAUUCUGAACUCUCAAAACUUUCCGAAAAAGGCAAAACCGUUGCUCUGCUUUUUUGUCAGCAGCUUGUAGCCUUGCCAGGAAAUCUUGGGGUGGAGGUGACCUUUGCCCUCCAGAGGAAGGUCCUAUGGGAAAGGUUGUGUCCGUCACGUCCUUGGGCGUGGCCAAGCAGCGCCCUCUAUAGGUCCAAACACAAAUCGACAAGUCUUGUUUCUUUCCUCCAUCCACUACGGAUUGCAUGUUAAAGGAAAUAACAUAUACCACGAAAAAACUUCACUGAGUAAUACUGAGUAAACAAACAUGUUAUACAGCAAAACUUAUUUACAGUAUACAUCGUAAUAUUAAUGUAAUGGACUAAAAAAUACAAAAAAGUGGUUUUAUUAAACAAAAAAAAAAAAAAAGAUCCCUGAAGAGCACACUCACUGAAGUGUUUGGGGCUCUGGUGGGGCAAGAACAACAUCUACAAGUGUACAUCAUAGCUAUAAGUAAGAUUUUUCUCUUCAUAUGUUGUAUUUUAAGUAGAUGAUGGAUCAACAACCAAAUUAUUUGGCACUCAGAAAUAUGGUAUUAAGUUAGGAAAUGUUUCGCAUUCAUGUUGAGUUGCCAAAUGGUUCUGUGUUACCAAAGUUGAGUGUGCUUACGCGUUUCCGGCUUGUUCACGACUCCGCCCCUCGGCCGCCACCGGCGGUUGUGGGAAGGAGACCUUCUUCAUCGGCUACAAGUGCACAUUUGAGUUUAUAACACAUUGUAAUCUCCGACUUAUGGUUUGUUUCUGCUUGUAGUGGUAAAUAACGUAUUCUGUCCUAAGCUGCAGUUUGUUUCGGCUAAUUUUAUUAUUUAGUGCUUUCUGAAAAAGGUCUUUGUAAUUUAGCCAAAUGUCAGUGUCCACUUAUCGCCUGCAAUCUAUACACCAAUACUACAGUCUUAAGCCAUAAAACGUUGGAUUCAUACACGUCUGACUUUGCCGUGAUAAGGUAUGGGCGGCACCAUUAGUUCGACAAGGAGCGGUCUCCUGGCAACAAGGAGGCGGUCUCCUGGCAACACAGUUAAUGUACAGGUCAAUCCCUCACUCUCAUCGUGCAGGAAAUUAUUGGAACAAAAACGCUACAAUACAAAGACCUUAAAGUGGGCUCUUAUUGCUUGAUUUCAUUCUUGCUGUUAUAAAAAAAAAAUCUAAUGAAAAUAUAUAAAUGAACUUAAAUAAAUAAAAGUGGAUUUGCAAACA